CUGCUGUUUCUUGGUCUUCGUUGCCUCAACCCUUUCUGCGCGUUCUCGAAUGUUACGUACGUUCGCUACGAACGUCACGAACAAGUUAUUUCCCGAGACAGCCUCGGAAAUGAUGUACUCCUUUAAACCAUGCCGUGCUUCGCAUACCCUGUAGAGCGACUAUAAGCCUAGGCACUCGGGGAAACGACAAGACACGAACGACUCAGACGAACAAAACAUUUGACAUUGGUUCUGUCAAACGUUUCGCUGGCUUGAGUCGUUUGUGACGUGGCGUUAUUUCUCCGUGUGGCUCGACUCGUGGCUUUCCAGUUCGGUGUUUUUCCAUCAGCUCGUGCCAUAUUAUCGGUAGGGUUCCGAGUUUUCGGAGUUUUCAUUUUGGAAAAUCCGGAGGGUGUUUAUCGGAGUUCUCAGCUUUUCCGGAAUUCUCGCCGAUUUCGGAGUAUUUCGGAGCAGUCAUCGUAGAGACAAUUGAAGGAAAGAAGUGCAAAAGGAACUGAGACCACACGAUGUAAGGCGCUGAUGUUUUACUACGAAAGGCGUAUUUCCACAACUUGCGAAUGAUGCCCAGGCUGGAAAUGAGUAGUAGUUGUGACGAACAGAGAACUGUUCUGUUCCAAACUAGCCCAGUGCCCGAGGUCAAGUACGGUCACUAGGGUCGAGGAUACAUAGAACAGAUGGGACAAGUGUGUGUACUAUCCUCCUUUUGAGCCAUUCAUGGGUCCAGCGACCCUGAAGGAAGCUACCACUUGCGACCCAUUUUUUUGGCAGUAGAUCUGUUUGAAGUCAAAAAGUAGGCGUGGAAGAGGGGGACAGAGGAAGAAAGAAACGGGAAAAACGUUAACGCCGCCACGUGGGCGUUGGAAAAAUCGGAGUUCAUCGGAUAAAUCCGAUUUUUUUGCAAAAAGCAUCGGAGGGAGUUUAUCAGAGUUUAUCGGAUAAAUCCGAAAAGUCGGAAGCCUAAUUAUCAGUUAAAGUUCACCCUCUGGCUCCUGAAAUCAUAGACUUGUCUUGUCAACGAAGCUUUGAGUUAGAAUGGACAUAGAAAUGCUUUGCUCACGAUAUGCGGAAAGCCCAAUCCGAUAAAGGUAUAUAUCGAAGCGAAGGCUGGAUGUCUGGAGCCACCGAUACUACGGACAUAGUCUGAGAAAACAAUGGCCUAGUAAGAGAACAGUCUCUGUUCCCCUCCCCUUGUUAUUUUACCAACCACCACCACCACCAGUCUCUGUUGGAAAUAUGGGGUGCUCCGGGCCUAUAGGCCUCUUGCUGGAAUCCAUUGUUCAGGAUAUGGUUUACGAAAUUUUGGCAGAUAUCUGCAUAGAAGCUCUUGCAUUUUAUUGUACAUAAUAUGUCAUCUCCGGCGUGCCACUGUUUAUUUUUGUUAUGUUUGUUGCAUGCUAGUGCGCAUAUGUUGUACGGCUCGAGUCGCGUGUUCGCAUGUCCCUCUAGUUAUGCCCAGAAUCAGGCUUUUCACGUUAAUGAGUUUGUCCAACAGCUGGCCUGCAUCUAUAUGCCGUACCCCCGUGGACUAGUCUUCGACGAGUCCUCCACCGCAUGAGUCUUAAGGUUGUUUCUACACAGGCUGUCAAACACCUCCUCGGUGUCUGCGCGUCCAGCCUCUGUUCCACGUGUGGUGUGUGCGGUGACCUCCAUCACGUAGUCCUGGUCUGCGGACAGUACGAUCGCGAGCGCGCCCUCAUGGAAACUGCUCUAAAACGCGUCGAUCAACGCGAGUUCGACUUAGCCAAAAUUCUCGGGACAUGGUCGGACGCCUCACAUCUGAUGCAAGCCGUACGAGCUGCUGCUGAGUACCUCUCCAGCACUGGACUAAUGGACGAACUCUAAUAGGACACCUUUCCAUCAUCAUCACUUUCUCAUCUAUUCCACAAGCGCAAUGGGGCAGUGUACCGCCAUAACGGCGGAGAAUGACCCACCACAUCGUCAUCCCAUUUAUGUGCGUGUGUGUAUUCGACGAGUUGAUCGGAUUGCCUGUUUGUUGCUUCCUGCAGAGAAGCUUCACACGGCGGCUGUAAAUCACAAAUACACAAUGACCUAAUACUGUGGGGAAAAAAUCAACUAUGUAGGCACUUCGUGGCAUCGAAGAUGCUGAGGAGGUACGCGGUGCUGCUGUUGACAUUCACGAACAUCCGAGCUCUGGAAAAUGGAUUGGCAAGAACCCCUCCCAUGGGGUGGCUUUCCUGGGAACGGUUUCAGUGCAACGUAAACUGCGUUCGCGACCCGGAAAACUGCAUCAGCGAAAGGCUCUUCAAAGAAAUGGCAGAGAUAAUGGUCCUGGAAGGAUACCGUGACGCCGGUUACGUCUACGUCAACAUCGACGACUGCUGGAUGUCCAUGGAAAGAGACUCCGUGGGCAGACUCCAGGCUGAUCCCGAAAGGUUUCCCAAGGGUAUCAAGCACAUGGCUGAUUUUAUGCACUCGAGGGGCCUCAAGCUCGGCAUCUACGAGGACGUCGGUACGAAGACUUGCGCCGGUUACCCUGGAAGCAUGGGACAUCUUGUUAUAGAUGCACAGACGUUUGCAGAUUGGGAAAUCGACAUGGUGAAGAUGGACGGAUGCUUCGCUAAUGUUCGGGACCUAGAUCGACUAUAUCCAUCCUUUAACGAGGCCAUUAACCGCACGGGACGUCCUAUGGUCUACUCCUGCAGUUGGCCGGCGUACCAAGUAAUGUUCGGCAUAACUCCUGACUACAAAGCAAUGGCGAACCACUGCAACCUGUGGCGGAACUACAUGGACAUCAGCGAUUCGUGGGCAACGGUUUUGUACACUAUCGACUACUACGCAUCUCUACAGAACAUGUUGACAGCUUCAGCAGGACCCGGUCACUGGCAUGAUCCCGAUAUGCUCAUCAUCGGCAACUUUGGCUUAAGUUACGACCAAAGCAAGGCCCAGAUGGCGCUUUGGGCCAUCAUGGCUGCCCCGUUGCUCAUGUCACAUGACCUUCGUCAUACUCGACCGGAGCACAAGGAAAUCCUUUUGAACAAAGCAGUUAUCGCCAUCGAUCAGGAUCCUCUUGGGAAGAUGGGAAGAAAGGUCUACGCUAACGGUCCCAUUGAGAUAUGGACCAGACCAGUCACCCCUGUACUCUCGGACGGUCAUCACUCGUACGGCAUCGUCUUCUUCAACAGGCGAGACGUGGGCAAUGCGGAAGACGUGGGUGUUCGGCUACGAUUUCUCGGAUUAAGAUACCCCAAAGGAUACAGGGUAACAGACUUGUUUGAAAACAAGCUGGUUGGAGUGCACCGUCCGGACGACCACAUUGUCGUGCGUGUUAACCCUACUGGGGUAGUGAUGCUCAAGGCAGAACCUGUCAUGAAUGUUCUUCCACUAAAGCCUGCUCCAGCAGAUGCUAGGUUGAAGAACGUUAUUCAGGUGCCCCAUGAGCCCAGUCCACGUAGACAGGGCGGAGCCUUGGUACGCUGAAGCGAUGAGUAUUCAUGAGUGUAGUCAUGAACGUUGGGACCUGGAAAAAUAAAAUUAACGGACCUCGA